UCAACUGCGAGUGUUGGUAGAGCUCUAUUGAAAGCCCAUUCUGCUGACAGAGGACCGCCGGUUUCGCGCACACACAUAGAGAGUUGUCGACAGCUCAUUUACACUUCAGGGGAAAGCAGGGCAGGUGAGAUGUUUGGCGUGGUGAUCGUGGGCAUUGGGAUAGCGGGCCGGGUGAGGAUCAGGGACCUCCUGGCCCCUCUGCCCUCCAGCGCCGCAGAGAAGCUGAGUGUCAAGGGGUUCGUCUCCAGGAGGUCGUUGGGAGAGGAGCAGGGAGUGCCACAGGUGCCCCUGGAGGAGGCGCUACAGAGGGAGGACAUCCAGGUGGCCAUGAUCUGCACUGAGAACUCCAGUCAUGAGGAACACAUCAGGAGGUGUCUGGAGGCAGGGAAGCAUGUGUGUGUGGAGUACCCCAUGACCCUGAAUUAUCAAGCCGCAGCUGCACUCCACGACCUCGCACAACAGAAAGGCCUGCUGCUGCAUGAGGAGCACAUUGAGCUGUUCACUCCUGACUUCAAGCAGCUGAAGAAGGAGGUGGCAGGAAAGACACUGGAGGAGGGUCACCUCCACUUCACUGGGGGGGCGCUGAAACCAGACACCGGCUUCCCGGCGUUCAGCGGCAUCGCGCGGCUCACCUGGCUGGUGGACCUGUUUGGGGAGCUGAGUGUCACGGCGGCAUCCAUGGAGGAGGACAAGGAGAAUAACCACAUGAAGAUGACCGCACACCUGCAGACACAGCAGCAGAAGCCCCUCACCUGGAUCGAGGAGCGCGGGCCUGGUCUGGCGCGUGGCAAGAGCAUCAACUUCCGCUUCGACUCGGGCACCAUGACGGAGAUGCCGAGCGGCGCCAGGGAGCCCGUGGGCCUCUUCAUGCAGGACCUGGUGCAGUUCGCCCGGAAGCUGACGGGCCAGACGACCGCAGAGGAGAUGCAGGCGGAGAAGAGGAGGGUGCUGCACUGUCUACAGCUGGCGGAGCGCAUGAAGCAGCUCAGCGGCCACCAGUGAGGAGGAGGGGGGAGGAGGAGGCGGUGGCCCAACCAAGCCAUGGAGGGGGGAGUGAGGAGUGAGGAGGGGAAGGG